AUUCAGGGAAUAAGCCAAAGCACUUAUGCUAUGUAAUAUAAAUUCUCACAUCAUACUCGUCGUGGUCAGCCGAAACAUUUAUCUUGAAUAAGGAAUUUUUCCCCAAAUAAAAGGAUAAUAAGCUGCGAUGCCGACGACUUAGACUUCGCUUCAGGAAGAGAAUUCUGGGCUUACAAUCGCAUCAAAGGGCUUGAUAUCAUAUACAGUUCGUGCUGCAGGUCGUUUUCUGAUCAAAUUCAUACAUACACUGGUCGCGAAGUCAGCCAGCCGAACAGCCUUGAACCAAACUCCAGCUAGCUUAUUAAUCUCAAGUGACAAAGGCAACCAGACGAGGUGCCAAUUCCAGUAACCUAGGCUAUUCCGUUCCCAAUCAUCACUAUGAUUCUCAGUGGACUCGAAAUCGUCACCCGCCAAUUGGUGCGCAACCUGCGACAUGUCGCCCAGCAACAACAGCCAUGCGGUGUUGACCUUACUCUGCGUCAGGUUUCUAAAUGGACCUCUGCGGCUACGAUUGAUUUUGAUAAUUCCAAUCGCCAGGCGGCGCAAGUUUCUAACUUACCUUUCGACAGCACCAACCACACAAUUACACUACAACCAGGCGCUUACUUGAUCGAUUUCAACGAAACGGUUCAAAUUCCACGAAACUGCAUGGCAAGCGUUUUCCCUAGAUCUUCGCUAUGGCGGUCCGGCGUGGGAAUCAGUGCUGGUGUAGUUGAUGCUGGGUAUGAGGGUGCUAUGGGAGCGUUGAUGGAGGUGAAGAAUCCCAACGGAGUUGUUCUGUACAAGGAUGCCAAGCUCGCACAGAUUGUCUUCGAGGAAAUGGGGGAAACCGUGGAGGGAUACAGCGGUAUCUACCAGUCCUCAACGAGUAGUGUUGGACGCGAUGGGAUAAACAAGAUGUAGUGUCUUGGGGUUGCAUUGCAGUCGUGAGUGGUACGAAACGAUUGGGUAAAAGUUAAAAAUGCUGUGUAAUAAAUCAAUAACCCCG